AUUACGAGUAGGAAUAAAUGCAGCAUUUUAAAGCACAGAGUUGGACAUAACGUAUUUAAAAUGGUUUGAUGGUUGCUGGUCAGAGUUUAAGUUCAAUAAACCCGGAGCAGAUCCAAAAUGAAGCCACAAUAAACUCGGAGCAAAGAUAACACUGGUAGAAAAUAACAAGGAACCAGUCAGAGGAGGAGACGUCGAAUGAGAAACAGCCAGCUCCUACUCAGCUGCUGCUGAUUGGCUGACAGAGAGUAGGUGACCCGCUAAGCCCCGCCCACUGAUGGAAACCUGCAGCUCCGUGAGAGAGAAACACAGCAAACCCAGAUCUCUGACAGAAACUCUCUCAUACUGAUGCUGGUUUUCUUUUCCAGAGUGCAGAUCCUGACACAAACUAACAUUUUAACACUGAUUGUUUUUAUAUUUAGAGACAAACAGAAGUUUGAGCAGGAAUAAAAUAAAAGGGCAGGGUUUAUUUGUUACAACGUUUCAGCUCUCCGUCUGUUUCCAACCUGCCAUUGGUUGGCUCUUGACCAAUCAAACAGCUUCUUUUCACACAAUAUAUAAUGAAGUCUGCAACAUUUAUUCAACUCCUCUGGACGCAGCAGAUUCUCCUGCAGCCACCAUGAAAAUCGCAUCGUUUAACAUUCAGAGGCUUGGACGGAACAAAGUGUCGGACAAAGAUGUUCUGAAGAUCCUGGUUCAGAUUAUUUCUCGUUAUGACAUCAUUGUGAUCCUGGAGGUCGUGGACGAGAGCGGGAAGGCCGUGGACGCUCUGAUGACAGCCCUCAACAAGGAACAUCAGUACGAGAAGCGGAUCAGCACUCGCCUGGGCAGAAGCGGCUACAAGGAGCAGUUUCUGUUCCUGUACAGGGCCGAUCUGGUUACACCGGUGGACUCGUACCAGACUGACGAUCUGAAGACUGAAGGGCAGGACGACAUUAACAGAGAUCCGUACAUCGUCCGAUUCAGCUGCCCGCACACAGCUCUGGAAGAUCUGGUGAUGAUUCCAGUUCACAUCACACCAAAGGGCGCGGAGAAGGAGCUGGAUAAACUCUACGACCUCUUCCUGCACGUGAAGAAGAAGUGGAAGACUGAGAACGUGAUGAUCCUGGGCGACUUUAACGCCGACGGCUCGUAUGUUACAAAGAAGGAGAUGAAAACCAUCCGAAUCCGCACCGACACGAACUUCCACUGGCUGAUCGGAGACGAUGUGGACACAACGGCCAGCACCAAAAACACCCACACAUACGACAGGAUCGUUGUUUACGGAGACAAAAUGCUUCAGGCUGUCGUUGAAAAUUCUGCUAAGGCCUUCAACUUCCAGGAGGAAUACAAGCUCUCCGACGAGCAGGCCCUGAACAUAAGUGACCAUUAUCCAGUGGAGGUGGAGCUGCUUGGAAAAACAGAUGGUCAGAGAUCUGCAGGUCUGAAAGAGAAGGUGGAAGAGCUCAGCGCUAAAGAAAAGAAACCAAAAGAUGAAAAGAAAAAAUCAGGAAAAGGUAAACCUGGACAAUGAAGACGCAGCUAAAGCGGCCGGAUUGACCGGAGAAACUCAGAGUUCUGUGACAUCAGGGGCCAUUUUGAAAAGUAUCACAGUAUGUAAGAGCAAUAACAAUAACUCUAGCACACCUUAGUGCAGUUAGAGCAAUAUCGACAGUUUUCACACAUUUUUAACGGAGCUACUGAGGAAGGCAUGGAGGGCUAAUCAGGCAAACGUCUGACAUUUUCACUGAGAUGUGCUCACUUUUGUUCAGUAGUUUAGACAUUAAUGGUCGGAAACAAAUGUACACUGGUAAACCAGCUGCCUGCUUUACGUUCUAUAAUGUCAUAUAUUCAGUGUUGUUCUAUCAACAAAUGUAAUAAAAUGCUUGCAUUAACUUGA